AUGGGCACCAACGGCCACCCGCCGCCGGCGAGCACCGCCGCGCAGAACGGGUCCCACUCCGGCGGCGGAGGAGGAGGAGGGGGAGCUAACCCUAGCAACGGCAGCACGGCGGCGGCGCUUCGGCACGACCCUGGCCUGGCGCGGGAGUGGUCGCCGGAGGAGCAGGCCAUCCUCGACGAGCUGCUGGUCAAGUAUGCAUCCGAUCUACCUGUCGUUCAUUAUGCAAAAAUUGCGAUGAAGUUGCCAGAGAAAACAGUUCGGGAUGUAGCCUUGCGCUGCAGAUGGAUGAAUAAAAAGGAGAGUGCCAAAAGAAAGAAAGAGGAUCACAGCUCGUCUAAGAAAAGCAAGGACAAAAAGGAGAAGGUUUCAGAUUCUUCAUCAAAACCACCUGUCCAUAUGGCUGGUAGGCCUAAUGUUCCUCCAUACCCUCUUCCAGUUCUUCCAAUGGACGAUGAUGAAAUCUCAUCCAAAGCCAUUGGAGGUCCAACAGGCGAAAUCCUUGAAACUAAUGCCCAGGUUUUGAGUCAAAUUUCGUCUAACCUUAGCAACAUGCAGAUACAGGACAACAUCUCUCUGCUGUGCCAAACUCGAGAUAAUAUACUCAGGGUCUUGAAAGAGAUAAACGAUGCUCCAGAGAUCAUGAAGCAGAUGCCCCCGCUACCUGUGAAGAUAAACGAGGAGCUCGUCAACUCGUUGCUCCCCAGACCAACUGUACCUAUGCAAAAUGACUGUAUCCUCUGUAGUCCCGAGAGAUCUUUAGAUAGGCAGCUGAAAUAA